GUUAUGAAAUGACUAGUUGUUUUCAAUUUUCUACAUUUCCAUGGUUACCACUGACGUCUACAGACAAACAAGUUCUCACCUCAACUGACAGUUCUCUGAGAAGUUCAAAUCCUGUCCUUGUUGCUAAUUCAUGUGAAUUUCUAAGUCAAGUGGUUUUGAAGGAUUUUCCAGCUGAGAUAUUUCUACAAAGACCAAAUAUUGUGCAGAGUUUACUGGCAUUGCUGAAGUUGAAACCACCACAUGAACACACAUUACCAUUAUCAGCUGUAAAAUGCUUGAAAGAUCUAUCCAUCAAUUUACAAGCACGGAUUACUUUCUAUCAUGACCCAGCAUUGUACUGUCCUAAGCAAGUUGACUUUGGUACGUCUGGUAGCAGUAAUUCCAGUUCUAAUAGUAACUCUACCUUACAAUCUAGUCUAAUCAGUGUAAGUAGGCCCACAGUAUUGGGUUAUUCAGGUCAGAGGUUACGUGGUGAUGGACAAGAAGGUGAUUCCAGUCUAACAUCAACUCCUAUGCAAUCACCACGGCAUGGUAAUAUAUUACAGGAAUCCUCAUCAGAUGUUGAAACAGACAGUGAAGACAUGAUAGCUUUACAGUUUGGUCAGAUUACUGUACCUCAGUUCUGUAUACUGGUAUUAGAACAUGCUACGCCGUUGUUGAAGACAAAUAAUGCUGACAUGGUGGUCCACUGUACUAAACUAUUGACUGAGAUAUUACAGUUGUUAAAACAAGCUAUUGGGCAAGACAUCUGGCAAGAGAAGAGUGUGGUUGCAAGAGAAGUGACAGAGAAACUUGUGGAUGUAUUUGAGAUUCUGGGUGAUGUGUUGUUGCAUCACCACCAUAGUAAAGGUAAUAUAUCAGAGAAUAUGGUGGAGCAUGAUAUCAUACAACAUAGGCUGGCAUUUAUCAUGAUUUCUAUGUAUGUCACGCAGUUUAUAGAAUCUCUUCUACCCAUUGACAAGGCUAGUGAUGUCUUACCAGAGAGUUUGAACUCUGCCUUGUGUCUAGUUGUUAUGGAUUAUACGUUAUGUCUUACAUAUCCAAACAUUAAGGAUAUCGCCUUGAAAUAUAUCACUGAAACAAAUAGUGAUCAGUAUGAGAUCUAUAACUCAGCUAUGUCUGUAUAUGAUUCUAUGCAGUCAGCAUGCAAGUUUCUCAAAACAUGCGACUAUCAGUGUGAUGUCUCAGUUCAGGUACAGAUCAGCAUGGCAGAAGAAGCCUUACAUAGCAUACCAUAUCAUUAUCAUAUGCCAUUGGUGGAAAAAUUCAUUCACUUAUGUUCUGAUAUAUGCAAACCAAUAAAUGUCAAUACUUCACUGGUGACACAAUGCACGAAGGUAUUCUUGAAAUACUUGGCCCAUCCACUGGGUAAAGUGAAAACAUGCUCAUAUACAGUAAUUCUAGAUAUCGUGAAGGAUGCCCUGGGAAUCACGCAGGUAACACAGCCAGGUUUGCUGACAUAUUCCAAUGUCAAAUUUUUAUUGGAUUCACAGAUACUUUAUGAAAUCAGUUGUUUUGGCAUGACUGAUGGCGAUGAACAGGUAUCUUUGAUGGCUAGGCAGAUAUUACUGUAUCUACUACAAAGUAAAUUACUGAUGAGUUCAGCAGUGUGGAAACAGUUUAUAGAUGUCUUGUUACCAGUUAUAUCUAUACUUCAGGCAUAUGUGGAGAAGCAAACCAAUCUAGGCACCAGUAUAUUAGAUAUAAUUCAUUGCAAACCAGAAGACAAAGAUAAAAAAGGCGAACCAUUACUACCCAAAUUGGAUCACUUUAGAUGUAAUCUGCGAUUGAUGUUUUCAAAGAGUUGCAGUGUUCGUUCAGAAACCAUCAAACACAUACUUGAAUUCUUAUCCAAAGAAGAAGACAGUUGUAAUAAACUGCCAACUUCAACGCAGGCUGCAUUGACAGAUAUGGGCAAUCUAUUUAUUAUGGAUCAACCAGUAACCAUAGAUGACUCACACAAUUCAGUCUUUCAA